AUGGCUGGCAAAGUAACUAGCAUAGUCCUAACUGUGCUAUUUUAUGUUUUGGCAGUAGGAGCAAGAACCAACUUGGACAAGCAGUCCAGUGAUCUCAGCAUAUCUAAAAUAUUACCCUUAGUUGAUGAAGCUGGUAUAUGUAAUUUAGUGGUGGAGAAACAAGGCUAUAUCUGCCAAGAGCAUACGGUGAUAACUAAAGAUGGUUAUACCCUAAGUCUGCAAAGGAUCCCUGAGGAACGAUCGGGCAAGGCAAAAAAUAAGAUACCAGUGCUUCUACAACGUGGGCUUCUACUGGAUGCAGUGUCAUGGAUGAUAAAUUCGCCAGAUAAAUCUCUUUCAUUUAUUUUGGCUGACAACGGGUUUGAUGUUUGGCUGGCUAACACUCGAGGCACCAAUUUCAUCAGUGGGCAUAUAUCAAUUGACCCAAAUGAUCCGUCUUAUCGGGAUUGGUCUUGGGAUGAAUUGGCUGCCUUUGAUCUUCCAGCUGCCAUGCACUAUGUCCAUGACCAAACAGGGCAGAAACUGCACUAUGCUGGCCAUUCCCUGGGAACUUUGAUUGCUUUUGCCGCAUUUUCUCAAGAGAAACUAUUGAACUCCAUAAGAUCGGCUGCUUUGCUUAGCCCUAUUGCUUUUUUGGCUCAGAUCUCUUCAUUUCUUUGA